GGUCGGCUAAAAAUGCCGCCCUAAUCUCCGAGCUGAUCUUUACCCCCUCCCUCCGCCCCAUCUGCCGCGACCUGCCCGCGAUGCGCAGCGCCGGCCCCGGGAGAGGCUCCGCCGCUGUCCCCGCGGCCCCGAGUGCAUGAGGCUGGUGUUUGCCCAGGAAACCCCCAGCGCCUGCUCUGACGCCCGAGGCAGCGCCGGGAGCCAUGUCGGGUUCCUACGACGAGUCGGCGUCAGCCGCCGAGGAAACAACCGACAGCUUCUGGGAGGUGGGGAACUACAAGCGCACGGUGAAGAGGAUCGAUGAUGGACACCGGCUCUGCAAUGACCUCAUGAACUGCGUGCACGAGCGGGCCAAGAUCGAGAAGUCCUACGCCCAGCAGCUCACCGACUGGUCCAAGAGGUGGAGGCAGCUCAUCGAGAAAGGUCCCCAGUAUGGCAGCCUGGAGAAGGCGUGGGUCGCGAUCAUGACGGAGGCAGACAAGGUGAGCGAGCUGCACCAGGAGGUGAAGAACAGCCUCCUGAACGACGACUUCGAGAAGGUCAAGAACUGGCAGAAAGAUGCCUACCACAAGCAGAUCAUGGGGGGCUUCAAGGAGGCCAAGGAGGCUGAGGAUGGCUUCCGGAAAGCCCAGAAGCCCUGGGCCAAGAAGCUCAAGGAGCUGGAGACAGCCAAGAAAGCCUAUCACCUGGCAUGCAAGGAGGAGAAGCUGGCCAUGACCCGCGAAGCCAACAGCAAGGCAGAUCAGUCUAACACUCCUGAGCAGCAGAAGAAGCUCCAGGACAAAGUGGAAAAGUGCAAGCAAGACGUGCAAAAGACUCAGGAGAAGUAUGAGAAGGUACUGGAUGAGCUGAACAAGUGCACCCCGCAGUACAUAGAGAGCAUGGAGCAGGUGUUUGAGCAGUGCCAGCAGUUCGAGGAGAAGAGGCUCAACUUCCUCAAGGAAAUGCUCCUGGACAUCAAGAGGCACCUGAACCUGGCCGAGAGCAGCAGCUACGCCAACGUGUACCGGGAGCUGGAGCAGACCAUCCGCGUGUCGGACGCACAGGAGGACCUGCGGUGGUUCCGCAGCACCAGCGGCCCCGGGAUGCCCAUGAACUGGCCCCAGUUUGAGGAGUGGAACCCGGACCUGACGCACACGAUAACGCGGAAGGAGAAGCAGAAGAAGGGCGAGGGGGUGGCCCUGACCAACGCCAGUAGCGCGGGCGACACGGGGGCUCAGGCGGGCGAGCGCGGGAGCGUGAGCAGCCAUGACCGCGGGCAGACCUACAGUGCCGAGUGGUCCGAUGACGAGGGCAGCAACUCCUUCAACACCAGCGAGGCCAACGGUGGAGCCAACCCCUUCGACGAGGAGUCGGCGGGGAAGGGCGUGAGGGUGCGGGCUCUGUACGACUACGACGGGCAGGAGCAGGAUGAGCUCAGCUUCAAAGCAGGUGAUGAACUAACCAAACUCGGUGAGGAAGACGAGCAGGGGUGGUGCAAAGGGCGCUUGGACAACGGGCAGCUGGGGCUGUACCCCGCCAACUACGUGGAGGCAAUCUAAGUCUUGUGGUGUGCUCCUCGUCACCGUCAGCAGAUAAAUCCACCCUCCGUUGUCUCCAUCUCUCCACCAGCCAACCAGCCAUUCUGCCGUCUGGUCCUUCACUCCUCACCCUUAGAGAUUCAGACAUAUUUUCCGACCAAGCUUUUAUUUUUUUAAGAGUUGUCUCCGAAGAGUAUUUUGCAUAGUCGCUUUCUUCUAAGAUAACGUGAAGCGGAAGAUGACGUUGUCCGUUCGUCUACGUUAGUUGAAUUUUUCUUUUUUUUUUCUGAGCGAAAAGCCGAUACCUCAAGAUCUUAAAGCCCAACCAGUGAGAGCUUCUGAUUGGUUGGUUUUUAAAGAUACUGAAAUCAUGAGCCGCCUUCUGAUUGGCUGGAACUGUUCCGAAACGCGUGGCGCCGAAGCUCCUGGGACCAACCAAAUUCAUCCCAGAAAACCAAGAGGGAUUGGAGUCUGACUCCGUUGGUUUUUUUUUUUUUUGGUGUUUCCAUGUUCUCCCCAGUUCAUCCUCCCGCCCCGAGGGAGGGGGUGAAUGCCCCCUUCAGCCCCACGGCCACCCUUGAGAUGCCCAGGUGAGGUGGGACCAGCCCCGCCAUGGAGCUUGCUGGCAUCUCCUCAGCUUCCUCCUCCUCCCGGCUGGGCUGUCAGCUCGCCUGGAGCGGGCGGAGGCUCCCGAGCCGAUGCCCGGUCUGUGCUGCAGGGAGCAGCAUCGCCCUGCGGUGGGCAGGUAUCCAAUGCACACCAGAUCCAGGUGAGAUGGCCCCAAAAUCCGGAGCAGGACCCAGCAGGGCCCAGGGCUGCUGGAAGCACCUUCAUGCUCCUGCCUUGGGCACUGCUGGGCGCACUGAAGAGAGGCUGGAGCAGAGCAGGGACGGGGGAUGAGCAUGGCCAGCCUUGCAGGGUGCUGGCAGGAGCUGCAGCCGGGGGAGGAGGGCUCAGGAUACCCAGCCCAGGCAGAGCAGCUGCCUGGCAAAGACGGCCGAAAACAAGGCAGGGGAAUGGCCGCAGGGCUUUGCCCUUUGCUUGUCCCCACGGAGCUCUCCCCCACCUCCCCUGGGCUCUGCCCCCGGCCCCGCAGCUCCCGCGGCUGCUGCCACCCAGCACGGCCACCCCCAGCCCCUGCCUCGGGUGUGUUUGCCAUCCCGAGCUCUUCCCUACGGAUCAUCUCUCAUUUCUUUCCAUACCAUCACCCUUAGCAGCAUCAAAGCCAUCGGCUUCCCGCACGCUCCUCCUGCUCCUAUCCUGCCCCCUCCGUUGGUUCGUGAAUUUUUUGGCCCCAGGGAUCCAGUGUUCUUAUGGAUGCAGGGGAAGCACCGUGUGCUGGGCACGGUGGGCAGGAGCCAUCCAGCCCCUGCCAGGUACUGGAAAAAAAAACACAAAGUCAGAAAAGACCCAACCAACCACCUGUCUCAGCAAUGCACCCUGGUUUUUGUACAUUGAUUGUGUAAUUUAAGAAGUAUAUAUAUAAUAUAUAUAUCUCUCGUGAUUGUAUUUCCGUGGAUACAACAACAAAAAGCAGCAAGAGAAAAUAACCGAGCUCUGUCAGCGUC